CAGACCUUCCCUAGGAACAGUUGACAAGAAGUGUCAUUUUCUGGAGAAUGAAGUUCAGUCUGCACGGAAAAGCGCUGGAAAGAUGAACGGGACACGAGCUCCGAUCAGUCAUCCGGGAUUUACAGUAACCAAUACAGAAGCCGGACGUCGCCCUGCAAUUGACAAUGUCUUUGGGAAGGAAUGGUGCAUGAACUACUGGAGACACGAGGAGUCACAUGUUGGUGAGCCGGAGGACACACAUCUGGACUCUCCAGUCAUCAUAGGAGAGCCAGUAGAUUUGCUGGAUGAAGAGCCAGAUAUGAUCAUGAUUAAGGAGGAGACAUUUGAAGACUGCUCUGGGAAAAAUAACCCUGAGGAAGAUGAAAGUUCCAGUUCGAGAGGACCUGCAAUGACCAGUGAUGAAAGAUGUGUCGCCCAAAACUCUGAAGAUUUUAUCACAUACACGGUACCUUCAGAUGACCAAGUCCAAUCGAACGUGCACCAGACACCAGCUGAAGAACAAGCUCUUGAUGGAACGAUCUCUACACAUGAGGACAUCACAACAGAGCCAACUUUUCAUAGUGCACACGACCACACAAAUACUUCAGAAGAGAAAAGGUUUGAGUGUGUAUUCUGUCGGAGAACCUUCAACAAACUGACCUACCUGAAAGCACACAUGCGAACGCACUCCGGAGAAAAACCUUUCGUCUGUACAGUUUGUGGUAAAAGAUUUGCUCAAAAAACGUACCUCCGAAUACACCAGCGCACUCAUUCUGGAGAGAGGCCGUACUCGUGCAUGGAGUGUGGAAAGAGCUUUGCUCAGAAGAGCUCUCUAAACGUACACCUCCGAAGCCACACCGGAGAAAAGCCAUAUAGCUGCUCAGAGUGUGGUAAAAGCUACGCGUACAAACAGGGUUUCAAUACACACCAGUGCUUCGUUUAAACUAAUACAUACUGAUGUGAACCAUUACUGAAUAGUAUCUGUAUUAAAGUUGCUGUUACAGCAGAGUGUACAUUACUGUGCAAUAUGAAUCCUUAAAAAUGGCAAGUAUGUUCAUGUUUGUUCACAGAAAUGUAAGUCCCUCAACAGUAUUUGGAAAAGUGUUAUACAGAGGCAUGUGUGCAUUGAGUUCCCUUCAUUUAGGACCAUCUCGAUGUGUAUAUUAAUUUGAACCGAGGGAUAAACAAACAUGCUCAAAUAAACUUGACAUAAAGUGAGUAAAAUCAUGCAAAGCACUUUUUAUUCAGCUUGGCUGAAAAUACACAUAGUAUUUUUUGUUUGUUUACACAUGCAAUCUAGCUGACUUUUGAACUUGGAAUAACUCAAACUUCUAGAAGCAUUGUACAAACUACAUACUACUGAAAUUACAGCAUUCUGAAAGAUCAAGUAGUGUUACUUUACACCAGGGAUCCUUAAAACUGGACCACGAGAUCCACAUUCCUGCAGAGUUUAGCUGUAACCCUCAUCAAACACACCUGAGGAUACUAAUCAGUGUCUUCAGAAUCAUUAGAAAAUCACUGGUAGGUGAGUUUGAUCAGGGUUGGAGAUAAACUCUGCAGCACAUUGGCCCUCCAGGACAAGACUUGAGGAGCCCUGCUUUACAUACUUUAUGAUAAAAAAAAAAAAAAAAAAACAGACCAUAAAACCUUUAUUGAACACUCCAUUCGGAGCUGAUCUCUGGGUCUGGUGGUAGCACUUUUAACUUAGCUUAGCAUGGAUGAUUGAAUCUGAUUAGACCGUUAGCAUCUCGCUCAAAAAUGACCAAAUAGUUUUUAUAUUUUUCUUAUAUAAACUUGACUCUUCUGUAGUUACAUUGUGUACUAAGACUGCCGGAAAUUCCUUUAAUUAUUGAUGUGUUCACCUCUGGUGGUGUUUCAUUUCUACACUAUAAAUAUUCAAAAGUACUAUCCAGAUAUAUUCAAGACUACAACCAUUCAAAAGUUUGGAAUAUACAGUUAAUGUUUUUUUUUUUUUGCAUUUAUUUGAUAAAAAAAUACAGUAAAAACAGUUAUACUGUGAAAUAUUGUUACAAUUUAAUA